UAUGACUUAAGUAGUGUUAAACUAUUUGAUCCGAUAAUAUGUGAAUCAUUGGCCGAUUUCAAUGGUAAACUGCGUCAACAGAUUACAUCCCUGUCCAGUGAUAUCCAUCGGAUCAUCGACUAUGUAGUCAACGGUGGUCCCGAUAGUGGCCAAACGUAUGCCGAGUUAGCACAGUUUGUCGACCGGUAUGGACCGAGACUGGUCGGCAGCAAUAGUCUAGAGUCGUCUAUCGACUAUAUGGUUGAUCGAUUGAAACGGGAACGACAUGAUAAAGUUUAUACAGAAAAUGUUACCGUUCCUGUUUGGACACGUGGCAGGGAAUGGGCACAAAUGGUUAGUCCGCGUAUCCAAUCGCUAAACAUAUUGGGUUUAGGCUUAAGUGUCGGUACUAAUGGAUCAGUACUUACCGGUGAUGUUAUUGUUGUCAAAUCGUUUGCUGAACUAGAGUUCAGAUCGUGUGAGGUCCGGGGAAAGUUUGUUGUCUAUAACUAUGAUUUUGAUAGCUAUGGCAAAUCAGUUCAAUACAGACUACAGGGUGCUACACGUGCUGGACAGUACGGUGCUAUAGGUGCACUGAUCCGAUCGGUGACACCGUUUUCAUUGAACACACCGCACACUGGAUACAUAACUUACGAUAAUAAUAUACAGAAAAUACCGGCCGUCAGUAUUACCGUAGAAGAUGCCGAACUGUUUGGUCGACUGGCAGCCCGUGGUAUCAACAUUACGAUCAGUCUAUCAAUGGAGGCCCGUAUGGAUGCGGAUCGGGUAUCGAGAAAUACUAUCAGCGAAAUUACCGGUUCAAACAAACCGGAUGAGGUAGUACUAGUAUCGGGUCAUCUGGACUCAUGGGACGUUGGACAGGGAGCCAUGGAUGACGGCGGCGGUGCAUUCAUAUCAUGGCGGGCACUGUCGGUCAUCAAAAAACUUGGUCUCCGACCGAAACGUACUGUACGAUCGGUGUUGUGGACUGGUGAGGAAAUUGGUUAUAUCGGUGCUCAACAAUACGCACAGAAACAUAUCAAUGAGUUAAGCAAAAUAAGUAUAGCUAUGGAGUCAGAUAUGGGAACGUUUAGACCGACGGGUAUUACCUAUUCGGGCCAAAACCCGACCGCACAGUGUAUUGUCAAUGAAUUGCUUAGUCUAUUGAAACCUAUAAACUCAACUCAGUUGACAAUUGGUCGCAAAGAUGGUCCCGAUAUUGACUUUCUGGUUGAAAAGGGUGUUCCCGGCGGUAGUCUCGACACCAGUAAUGACCGAUACUUUUACUAUCAUCACUCGGCCGCCGAUACGAUGUCGAUGAUGUCGACCCGUGACCUGGACUUAUGUACAGCUGUUUGGGCAGCCAUUGCCUACGGGUUGGCCUCAAUCGAUGACCAAUUGCCACGAUAGGUGACUCCUCACCCCCACCCCCACC